GCAAUCACGAUAUGUUGAUGAAAACACAAUUUGCUCCACAAAAGGCCUCUGCAGGGUCUAGAAGAACUUUCGAAUCCCCUUCUGAGGUCCGCGUGCUACCAAGGAACCCAUCUUGUCUUUUGCCUCUCGGUAUCUUCCUCCGCCUGUUUGCUGGUCGCGACCCAAGCCGCCACUAUCAACACUGCCGACCGACGCGAUAUCCAUCCGCCUUCACCAUGAUAGGGACAUCUAUAUGGGACUAUGUUUUCAUUCAGACGUGCAUAUUCUUCUUGCACUUGUUCGCUCCUUUUAGCAUCCUGUAUUCUCUAAGCAGCUGGCUCCUCCAUCCUCCAUUCUACAUCCCCCGCAUCCUGCAAGUAUUCCUCGCUCUCGAGACGCUGUUCUACUUCGCCGUCUACCUCCCGCGUAGACACUACCUCCAGAGACCCGCGAAGCAUCCCACCAUCAGCCCCGAGGAUCGCCGUAUCUUGUUCCGGCGCUGCCACGACAACAUCCCCGACCCCCAAGCGUAUCUGGAGAAAUGGUUCCUGGGCGCCCCGGCCGCAGAGAUCAGGCGGGAGAACGUCAAGGACUUCCUCCGGUGGGCUUUCUUCAACACGGGAGAGCCGGACCCGGCAUACGACGACGAGCUGGAGGAGUAUGUUGGGCGGAUCGAUGAGUUAUUGGGGAGGAAGUUGGAGCCAGGACGCGGGAAUGCGAGAUGUCUGAGGUUGACCAUCGACAAGGUCGACAUGUUGCAUCGAAGCUUGAUGUGGUACUUUUGUGUGUUUGUUGUCGAUACCUUUGCAUCUGUAUGCUUGCGCUACUACUCCUUCGACUUUUAUCGCACUCCGCUCCUCAGAUUACCCACUGUCUUCCCUCUGCGUCCUAUUGCUCUCUUCACCACCCACCGCUCACCUGCAAAGACUCUCACCUACUGGCACCGUCCACACACUUCCAAAACCAGACUUCCUGUUUUGUUCAUCCACGGCAUCGGCAUCGGACUCUACCCGUACAUUCAGUUUCUAGCCGAAUUAAACGCGGCAGGAAAGAGGGAUGGGUCGGAUGGAGAACUGGGGAUUAUCGCUGUGGAGAUUAUGCCGGUGAGCUUCAGAAUCACCGAUCAGGCGAUGCAGAAAGAGGAGAUGUGUGAGGAGAUUCGUCGUAUAGUGGAUGCGCAUGGGUGGGAAAAGUUUGUCCUGGUGUCACAUUCCUACGGAAGCGUGAUUGCUACGCAUCUCCUCCACACGCCACAGAUCGCAGAGAAGAUCGGACCCAUCUUAUCUGUUGACCCUGUGUCUUUCCUGCUACAUCUCCCAGAUGUGGCUUUCAACUUUAUCUGCCGUAAGCCAACCCGCGCGAACGAACACCUACUCUCCUACUUCGCCUCUAAGGAUAUGGGUGUCUCGCACACACUGAGCCGGCGCUUUUUCUGGGCGGAAAAUAUCAUGUGGAAAGAAGAUAUCCAGGGCCAUCGUGUCACUGUGACACUGGCCGAGAGAGACCUGAUCGUCGACACAGAAGCCGUCGGGGCGUAUCUGGCAGGCGGAGAUGAUUGGAUCCAGGAGAAGGGUAACUGGAAGGACAGGGCCUGGAAAGGGGAUGGGCUGGAUGUGUUGUGGUUUCCAGGACUGGAUCAUGCGCAGGUUUUCGACAACAAGAAGACGAGACGGAUGUUGGUGGACGUUGUUAGAAAGUACUCUGUUAGCGGAUAGACAACUCGCAGUAUUAUAUCCAUUAGAUUAGACUAGAUUCUUAGAGGUUCGACGUGUGUGGACGGCUGCCUGUUUUCUGGAGGACUUGUACUUCGACGAUGUGCCUCCCUUGGGUUUCCUUUUCGCGCUAUCAGGAUGCCUCGGAGUCAGCCGUGGGAAGGUUGGUGGCAAAGUUGUCCACUGGUUUGCCCGAGCUAAAAUCCUCCAAGACAUACGCUCUCUUCCUUAAUUAACUGCUGCAAAAUAUUAUAUCUGUUUCUUGGC